UCCCCGCCUCCCGAGGCCGCGGGGCCGAGCACGGCCCGCCCCUUCCUCCGCGCCGCGCCCGCCGCCGUGCCCGGGGAUCCGGCAUCGGGGAUCCGGCCUCGGGGAUCGGGGAUCGGGGAUCCGGCAUCGGGGAUCCGCCAUGCCGAAACACGAGUUCUUCGUGGACAUGACCUGUGAAGGCUGUUCCAAUGCAGUCACCCGUGUCCUGAACAGGCUGGGAGGUGUCAACUUUGAGAUAGACCUGCCCAACAAGAAGGUGUAUAUUGACUCGGAGCUCAGCGUUGACACCCUGUUGGAAACCCUCAAGAAGACUGGAAAGAAUGCUUCCUACCUCGGGGAGAAGUCUGCACAGUAGCCGUGCCUGCUGCGAGGAGCUAGGAUGGAAAAACAGCAGCUCCCUGGCACUCUUCUGGAUGUAAAAUGUUAGGCUUCAGAAAAGCUCCCAGUACACACAUUCCCUGGCCAACUGUCUACUCCAGUGACAGCCUGAUUGUUGCAGCCUGUGAAACUUCCCAGAAUUCCAGCAUUAUGAAAACUUGUACAAAACUCUGCUGACUGUAAAAUAUAUUGGCAGACAAGGUUCAAUUUCAGUGGAAAAGAAUAAAGUGGGAGAGGUCUGCCCACUCAUUGUAUGUAUUGUUCUUUAGUAUGCAAAAUUAUUACAUGACAUCUCCUAAGAAUUUGUUUCUGUCAGUGGAGCUUUCUGAUCCAGUGACAUUUUUUUUAAUGGUCUAGUUGGAUCAUCACAAAUACCCAGCACAGAUGCACUGAAACCAGUUCAUGCUGUUUUAAUUCCCAGUCAGUAAAUUAAAUCAGGGAUUUAUACCAGCAGGAAUUAAACUGCUACAAGAAAGAACUGAGCUGAUAGUGAUGUGUGUGCAAUAGAUCUGCAUUGUUUAAUAGGCUGACAACAGAUUUAAAUCUGCAGUUUGUAUCAUUUGAGUAAGCUCUUAGAAAUUGUUUAAAAUCAUAGCUGUAAUCAAAUAACAGCCCCACUUCAACAGAGGGAGGCAUGCUCUGAAUUGAUCAGUGCCUCAAAUAGUUUACAGUGUAUUUCAGUUUCCUAGUGUUGACUGCAAGGGCUCUUACAGCUUGCAGGGACUUGUAGGCUAUGUGUCAAGUGCCUGCAGAAUGUAAUUAUUACAGCAAAGUCAUUCUCAAAUAACGGGGAUGUGUCUCUUUUCCUGGCCCAGUUUUCCCAUUUCUUUCCUUAUAUGACAUCAAGGCAGCUGGUGAGUCAGUUCAGCUGGCCAGCGUGGCAGAACAUUUCUCUGGAUUCCUUUUUUUUCCUGUUGGAUUUUAACUGAAGUUCUUUGACUUACCCAAAGAUCUUAAGACCCAAAACAAAGGAGAGCGGGGCGCUGGACUGCCCUUGCAAGAUCACUUCAGCAGUCAGGCUAAAAAUCUAAUAAAUUUAAAUUUUGCACACCACAUAGGGAAUAGGUUUAGGGGCUCAUCUGUAAGAGGAGAGAGGGGAGUUGCAAAUCCUUGGCUCUGAUGGAUAGAUUUCCUUUGGCCCUCUUCCUGUUUGACCGGCAGAGGGCACGCCUGUAUAACGUUAUCUCCUCUGGGCCUUGGAAUUCUUUUCCAUUUAUU